GCGCGUGUCGCCUCAUCCGCCAUUUUGAUUCGUCUCUCAGACGGACACGUACUCCGCUGCUCUCCCGGUCCCGGUGCAGUAAUCCCCGCCACACACCCCAGACAUGGCCGCCGUGGCUCAGCCCGCAUCCACCGAGAAGAACGAGACCCCAGCCGGGGAGGAGGUCGAUAACGCGGAGGAUCAGAUGGAGGAGGAAGAAGAGGAUGAGAACGACGACGACGGAGGCGAGGACGAUGGGGAGGAUGUGACCGUGCAGAUCGGGUCCACCUACUCGUGCCGGCGGGCGGACGGGUCCUUCCAUGAUGCGGAGAUCGUGAAAACCAGGAUGAAUAAGCAGGCGGGGAGGGAGGAGUUCUACGUGCAUUAUGCCGGAUUGAAUCGCCGCCAAAACGAGUGGGUUGACAAAACGCGUCUGGUGCUGCCCAAGCUGGAGAAGGAAGUUAACGGUACUGACCAGGAGAUGACCGAAGAUGGGAAAACAUCUCAGAAACGGAAAAAUGAGGAGGCCGACCCUGACCCGAAGAAAGCCAAGGUGGAAACAGAAAAUGAUCCAGCCAAUAAUUCGGUGAUGGCCUCUGGUGAUUUUGCGGAGGAACUGACCUGCCUCUUGUGCAGUGAGCUCUUCAAGGAUCCAGUUAUGGUUGACUGUGGCCACAACUUCUGCCGCAACUGCAUCGACAAGGCCUGGGAAGGUCAGGAUUCCUUUACUUGCCCUGACUGCAAGGAUGUCAUAACGGAGAAAAGACACACCACCAACCGAGCCCUAGCUAACCUAGUGAAGAAGACUGUUGGAUCCUCUGCAGUCUCGACCCCAUCAAGGCCUGAGAAGACCAAGCCUACGGAGAACUGCCCUGAGCAUGAUGAGAGGCUGAAGCUGUACUGUAAGGACGAUGGGACUCUGAGCUGUGUCAUCUGCCGGGACUCGCUAAAACACGCAAGUCACAAUUUCCUGCCCAUCAUGGAUGCAGUGGAGGUGUACAGGACGGAGCUGUCUGCCAUAGUGGCUCCACUAGAAGAAGCCUUGAAGGUGACUGAACAGCUGACCAAUCAGCAGAGUGAGAAGGUUGAGCAGCACAGAACGAAUGUAUCUGACUACAAGCAGCACAUUGUGUCGGAGUUUGAGAAGCUGCACUCUUUCCUGAAGCAACGCGAGGAGAAGCUUCUGGAACAGCUUAAUGAGCAGGGGGACAGUCUGCUGAAAGAAAUGGAGUCUAACAUGGUCAAGAUGCAGGAGAACAGGGACAACAUUAAGCAGACCAUAUCAGUGGCUAACGAGAGGGUGAAUGAUAAGGACUCCAUCUCUUUCCUCACAGACAUCAAAACAUUCAUUGAGAAGUGCCAGGAGCAGCAGAAAGAGGCCAUUUCCUCCGGUAACACCCUUCUGUCCAAGGAUCUGUGCCAGGGAACGUUCAAGGGGCCCAUCCAGUACACCGUGUGGAAGCAGAUGAAGUCUUCUGUCUCUCCUUAUCUGUCUCCGAUGUUGUUGGACCCUAGCACCGCACACCCCAACUUGAUACUGUCUGAUGGGCUUGCCAGUGUUAAAUAUGGGGAUGCCAAACUCCCCCUCCCUGACAAUCCCAAGCGUUUCAGCCAGUGCAUCCUUGUGUUGGGAUCUGAGGGUUUCAGUUCAGGCCGCCAUUAUUGGGAGGUAGAUGUAGGAGAUAAAACCGCUUGGGAUGUUGGCAUGGCCAGUGAGUCCAGCAACCGUAAGGGUAAGAUCAAGCUGAACCCCAAGAAUGGGUAUUGGGCAAUUUGGCUGAGGAAUGGUAAUGCGUACAAGGCCCUUGAGUCUCCUUCCAAGACCCUUGUCCUAAAUUCCAAACCUAAGAAAAUCGGAGUCUACGUAGAUUACGAAGGUGGUCAGAUAUCGUUCUACAAUGCAGAUAACAUGUCUGCCAUCUACACAUUCAAUGCGACCUUCACUGAGAAGCUGUACCCCUACCUGUCCCCAUUCUUGCACGAUUCUGGCCGUAACGCAGAAGCCCUCCGUCUUGUACAUAAUUGAGCUCUUUAAAUGGUUACAGAAGUUAUUCACAUUCCGUCAAGCUACUUAGUUAUUUUUGUGGUAUUUUUUAAGCAUAUGUUCAUUGCCCAGCUGAAGCUAUUCAUUUCGUCACCCUUGUAGUGUGUUAAUUACAGUUCCCCAAAUUAUGUGAAUGAUAUGCUGCAGUUUUGACCUGUUAUGUAUUUAGUAUUUUUAAUUUCUGGAAUAAAAAGUUACUGCCGUAA